ACCAGCCACGACAUAAAUGCUGGAAUACACAACCUACUAACAGCAGGAAAGACGCAGAGAACGACAGUUGGCAACAUCGUUCACGGCGUUUAUCUGGACACGGCAAAAUCAUGUCGAAGAGAAAUAGUGGUUGUUAUGAGCCAACGACGACCAUCAAUGGCAACCAUUCGGGGACGAUGUACGUCAACCAACCUGUGUAUGCUAACAGUAAGAUGUACAAAGGCAAACCUUUGAACAAAAAAACAAUAUACACACGAGACUACACUCCGAAAAAGACCUCCCGAACUCAAGCAAUUCGUCCACCUCGGGACAUCAUUCAUUCGGAGAUGCCAGUGGGAAAUGAUACCACGCAUAAAACAGACUACCAACCAUGGGACAUCAGCUUACCGGACCUCAUUUUACCAUCAAAUAACUUGGAUACACGAGAAGGAAGCUUUGCAAAACUGACGAAUUAUAAAAACGACUACAAACCUUACAAAGUAAAGAAAGAAAAAUUAGUACGUCCCCCAACACCAGAGAAAGUAGAUCUUGGAAAAUUCCAGGACGACACAACCCACAGGGAUGACUUCAAAACGUGGACCUAUAUACCAGAACGAGGUCGUAAUCCCCACACUCAAUAUAAGAGGUCAGACGUUCCAUUCGAAAAGGAGUCGCUCUAUCGACGACAAUACAUACCACGCGAGAUAAGCAAAAACGAGAGCUGUAAACCAGAUUUUAAGCCGGCAGCGAGUGGUGAGAAAUUCAAAGGCAAAUCAACGUACACAGAUGACUAUGUACCAAGAACAUCACGCCGUGAAAAACCCAUUCGCAGAGAAGAUGACUAUGAAAUGAGCAAUGCUAAAUUUGCAAACAAGACUACCCAUAGGAGUGACUACACAGAGAAAACAACUCCCCGUGUACAUAUGAUACGACCUGAUCGUGCCCCCUACCAAUCGGAAAAACCGCUACAAGAUUCAACAACACACAAGACAGACUAUAAGCGAUGGAAAAUCAAUCUUCCUGCCAUCAUUAUACCCGAAGAGCAAUGGAAGCACCAAACUGGUAGCUCCGAAAAGACGACAACGCAUACACGUGACUACAAAAGAUACGAAAUUAAAAAGCCAGCGCUAGUACGCCCACCAGUUCCAGAUCAGGUGGACCUGGGUAAGUUUGAAGACAGUACUACCCAUAAGGAUGAUUUCAAAAGAUGGGAAUUCGUGGCAUCAGAACCGUUCAGCGACACGCACCGAUACGAACGUUCAGAUGUUCCAUUCGAGAAGAGUUCGACUUACGACAGGCAUUAUACCCAGAAAGAGUUAAGCCCAUCUAAGAGUUUCGCGCCAAAGCUAACCCCGCGUGUUUACGAUGGACCAUUUGCUGGCCAGACUGAAUAUACGGACAAAUAUUACCGUAAAAAGGACAAACGACCGGGUAUUGUUAUACCCCAGGACGAGAUAAUAGCCAUCGGGGAGCACGGUGACUACAUCUCCGAGUACCGUCGGGAAAUGGAUACUGCUGCGAUGUAAACCGCCCGUGACUGGCGCUCUAUACUAAUCCAUUUUUAGUUUUAUAUAUUUCACUUUUGUUGUGACUAGAUGUUUUAAAACAUCAUAUUUCUACUUCAUACUUCAUAUUCCAUGUUUUAUAAAUGUGUAUACCAAAAUGGUGGAACAUUCAGAGAUUCUCUGGAAAUCUCAGCUAAUUGAUGUGUAUAUAAACUGUAAUGACAUGUAAAUAGCAUAAAUAUAAAAGAUUAAUUGUCGAUAAUGUUUUACACUCUGUUAUUCAUUUCAAUUUACUGUCACUUUUUAAUCAAACACUUGUUUAAU